AUGGCCGAAAAUAAGUUCCUCGAGGUUGACAGGGAUAACUUUCCCUACAUUUUCCUGAAGAAUGUAGACAUCCCACUCAAGACAUAUGAAACGGGUUUGCUGCGGUGCAACGUCUUCCUCCCCAAUGAUGCCGCUCCGUAUGGAGGCAAUAAGUAUCCGGUUGUUGCCACCUACGGCCCAUAUGGCAAGGAUGUGCCUUAUGGUAUUUUCUUCAAGAAAAGCUGGGAGCAAGUGAACCCGGACAUGAAGUCUGCACAUGCUGCUUGGGAGACACCUGACCCGGCCUUCUGGACUGGUAAGGGAUACAUCGUUGUCAGGGUCGAUGAGAGAGGCGCCGGCCAAAGUCCCGGUCUACUUGAUACUAUGUCCCGUGGCACUAGCGAGGCAUUCUUUGAUGUCGUUGAGUGGGCGGCCGAGCAAGAGUGGUCUUCGGGCAAGGUUGGCCUCCUCGGCAUCAGUUACUUCGCUGGCACCCAGUGGCGAGUAGCGGCACGCAAGCCGAAAGGGUUAGCCGCUAUCAUUCCUUGGGAGGGGAUGAGCGACUAUUAUCGCGAUAGAGUGCGCCAUGGAGGCAUUCUUUCAGAUCGGUUCAUCAAAUUCUGGUGGACCAACGCUGUUGAUACCAAUCAGUAUGGUAAACCGGGUCGAGCUGCUCGGCAAUGGGGUGACGAUACUCUCGAGGGAGAUCUAGACGAAGAGACUCUCUUGAAGAAUCGGCAAAACCAGACAGUAGACACAGCAGUGCACAAAUACCGUGACGAGGACUAUUACAAGACAAGGGACUUUGAUAUUGCAUCUAUUCAGACGCCUCUCCUUAGCAUUGCUAACUGGGGUGGGAUUCUCCUUCACCUACGCGGUAAUGUGCUCGGCUGGAUGCGUGCCAGCUCCCAGUAUAAGUUCCUCCAUUUCAUCGUUGGGAGACACGAUCUCCCAUUUUACUAUCCCGAGUCGGCUGAGUUGCAGCUGUCAUUUUUCAACGCCUUCCUGAAAGACAAUGACAAAGACGGCUGGAAGACCGGAAAGCAGCCUCGUGUUAGACUUACUCUACGCAAAGGUGAGGCUGGCGUCGACGACCCGGAGCGUGAGCGAGGUUUCCCAAAACGAGACGAGGUAGACUGGCCGUUGCCCGGAACUGAAUACACCAAGUUCUUCCUCAAGCCUGACAGUAAGCUUGAUACAAAGCCAUCUGACGAGCUAGGUAGUAUUGGCUACGAUGCACUGAAAGGCGAGCCAAUCACCUUCAAAUACACCACUCCGUCCACUUUAGAGAUCACAGGCCACAUCGUCGCCCAUUUGACAGUGUCGGCUUCUCGCAAAUCCUCCACGUCACCAGUACCAUCAGAUAUUGACCUUUUCGUCACGCUUCGCAAGCUGAACCGCCAAGGCAACGAGGUCUUCUACACGGGCACCAUGGGAGAUCCUGUUCCCAUAGUAAAGGGCUGGCUGCGAGUGUCUCUUCGAAAGGUGGACGCCGACAACGAGUUUCACAAGGACUUUAUUCCCCACCGCAACUACUAUAGCAGCGAUGUGCAACCUGUGGAGGAGAACCAGAAGUACGAGGUCGAUGUUGAAGUUUGGCCGACUAAUGUUGUGCUUGAGCCUCAAGAGACCCUCGUCCUAGAGAUCGCGGGUCAUGACACGCAAGGCGUGGGUAAUUUCUCUCAUGACCACGAGGAUGAUCGCAAUCCCAAAGUUUUCGAUGGCAACAAUACUCUCCACGUCGGGAAGGAUGCUAGCUGGCUUACCCUUCCUAUCACCAAUUCUAAAUAG